AUGGGAGAGGCUUUGCAGGAGCGCCGAGGGGCCGCCCUGCUGCCCAGGAGCUGCUGCCGCCCCCGGGGAGUUGCCGGCAGCCACGCUGAGCUGCCCGGCUGCAAGAUGACCUUCACCACCACCACACCGGCCGCCAGUGUGGCCCAGGCUUUCUUCUGCCUUCUGCUCUGCGUCCCCUGGGGCAGCUCCUGCCCCCCCAGCUGCCAGUGCACGGAGCGGGCAGGGGCAAAGGCCGUCCUCUGCAGCUCCCGCCACCUGGAGGAGAUCCCCAAGGACAUCCCCAGAGACGCGGUGUUCCUCAAGCUGGAUGCCAACAGCAUCACCAGGAUCCCCAGCAAUGCCUUCAGGCACCUCUCCCACCUGGAGGAACUCGAUCUCUCCAGGAACGCCAUUGAGAAGAUCGACAGGGCGGCUUUCAAAGGGGUGGCAGCAGGGCUGCGGACCCUUGACCUCUCCAGCAACCGCAUCCGCAGCAUUCCCAAGGAGGCCUUGCUGGCACUCAAUGCCAAGCUCCGGCUGGCCAACAACCCCUGGCACUGCGAGUGCGCCUUGCAGGAGGUGCUGUGGGAGGCACGACUGGAUCCUGACUCUGUCCAGGACAUCACCUGCCACACGGCCCCACGGGAGGAAUACGUGGGCAAGCCGCUGCUCCAGGUCCUGGAUGCCGGCGUCAACUUCUGCAGCGUGCGCCAGAGGACCACAGACGUGGCCAUGUUCAUCACCAUGUUCGGCUGGUUCGCCAUGGUCAUCGUCUACGUGAUCUGCUACGUCCGGCACAACCAGGAGGACGCCUGCAAGCACGUGGAUUACCUGAGGUCACUGCCGAGCACCCAGGACCACGCAGAGACCACCAGCACUGCCUUGUAGUGCGGGGUUGGGGUGCCAGCUCACAGCUUCUUUGCAGGGAGCCAGCGGCCAACUUGUGGGCUUCAAAGCUUCUUGGUGGGAUUCCCCCAGUGCUUGCUCCAAUCCUGCACACAAGUGCCACCGACCGCCCCUCCCCAGCAACACUGGACUGAGCGUGAGCAAAGGACACGGGGAGGGAUGCUGGGGACACCUCACGCAGACCUGUCCACACAGACCAUGUUCCUGGGGGUGAAUACACCCAGCCAGACCCUUUUUCCCUGCCAGAGCUGGGCUCGCAGGGAAUGCAGCCCCAGCCACACGCUCGUAGUUUGCACAGGUCAAGCACCUGGUGGGAAGAGAUGGGGGUGGGGGUUUGUGGGGCCAGGAGGUCACUGGGGUGCCGAGGGUCACUGCAGUAGGGUCACCCCAUCCUGGCUCCAAGCCCUGUGGAAAGCAGGACGUCAUCCCCAACGCUCCGCGUGGCAUCUCAGCAGCCUCUGCCUGCCUCCAGCAACCUGGGGU